ACUGGGAGCAGCUGCGGGCAGCUUCUGCCUCUAAAUGGAGGGCACUGGGCUCCCCCCUGGGCUGGGUUUGCUCUGCUCUGGGGAGGAGGAUUAAGAAAAAGGGAGGUUUCUGAGAGCUGUUUGGGUGCUGUGACUGUGCUUCUUUGGGGGGGGCUCUUUUGGGGGGCUCUGGGUGGAGCUGGGGCCAUGCAGGAGCUGGUGGCGGGCAUGGAGAGGCUGAGGGUUGAGUUGGAGGCUGAUGUGGAGCAGCAGGGGGGAGCCCAGCCCCUGCCCUUCCUGGGGACGUGGCAGGCGGGCACAGAGCGGGCGGUGGUGUGCAAGCACUGGCUGCGGGGCCUGUGCAAGAAGGGCAAUGGCUGCGGCUUCCUGCACGGCUACGACGUGACCAAGAGGCCCGAGUGCUACUUCCACAACAAAUUUGGUGAGUGCAGCAUCAAGGACUGUCCCUUCCUGCAUGUUGACACCACGGUGGAUAACAGCAGGGCCUGCCCCUGGUACGACCGAGGCUUCUGUAGGAACGGACCCUCGUGCAAGUACAAGCACAGGCGGAGGGUGAUGUGUGCCAACUACCUCGUCGGCUUCUGCCCAGAAGGACCCAACUGCAAAUUCAUGCACCUCAAGGCCGGGCUGUCGACUCGCAGCGUGGAUCCAGCCAAGGGAGCCCAGUGUCCUCGGGGGCUGGCACACGCUGCUGGGGGGGAGAGCAGCCCUGAGGACGUGCUGGCUGCUGGCACCACACAGCACGGGGCAGCGCAGCCCAGGGACAGCAGCAGCGUCCCCCCCCAGCCUGCAGUGGCUGCUGGAGCCAGGCACCUGCUUCAAGUGCAGACAGAAAGGUCACUAUGCUGGCAAGUGUAGGAAGAAUCAGCUGGAAAUCCUGCUGGGAAAAUGACUUUGAGUGCUCCUGCAAGGAGAGGGGAAGGAGGACGCGGUACAACACGAUGGAGUCAGAGAGACUCCCCCCAGGACAGCUGCUGGACUAGAAAAGCCAGUUGGUUUUGCUCAGCACUCGCUCACAGCUCUGCAGAAGGAGCAAAGGGAUCACAGCGUCCUUAAUGCAGCUGCAAUUGCACCCUUCACCAUUCCCCUGGUGGUCACCGCCUGCUCCCUCCUGUGCUGCUGCUGCCUUUGGGAGGGGGCACGAGGAAAUUACCAACCCACAGGUUUGAGGGGUGUGGGAACAGCUCAUGUCAGAGUCCUGGGCGGAGGAGGGUGUGGGUGUGCUGAUCCCCUGUGCUGGGGGGUGAGGAACACCAGGUUUGAGGACACCGGGGGCUGAGCAGGAAAGGAAAACGCACGAAGGCUUUUAUUGCUGGGAAGGGGGGUUCUUGGUGAAACACCUCUGACACAACACUGCUGCACCUCACCUGGAAUAAAGAGUUCCUAUUUU